CCUCUCUAGUGCUCGGGAGGCCAGCCCUGCACGCGUUGCGUCGCACGAGGUCUUGAGUGCGAGUAUGACGAGAGGUCGACUCUGCGAAGCCCGACCAGGCCGCACAUAGAGAUCCGCAGGAAGCUUUUGCCCAAGGUCGUAAUCGUUGAGUCUCGCACCCAGACUCAGAACAACGACCGGGAUCAAUCUAGCGACGCGCCUGGUUGCACCGACAAAAUCCCUUCCGUCAUGCAACCCACCCCUGCUUCCACCAUUUCAGUCGCUGCCUCCGACGAGACCUCUCAGCCUCUCGUCGUUCGUCCAGACAUCGUGCCCGCGCUGAACGAUCCUAUGAGACUUGGAAGUGACCCUGAGCGAGCGCAGUUUGUUGGCGCAGAGUCACCGUCCGAGAGUGCCUCUGUGUCCGAUUCCGCAGAGCUGUCUCUUAUUCGAGGCUAUAUUGCUCCCGAUAACCAGGACCCGAUUAUGCAGCUACCGUGUACGGUGCACGGACAAUGGCCUGUAGCUGCUCGUGUAAACAUCUCCGACAUCUCGCACAUGUCCCGGCCACCUUCUGCAUGCUCGAGCUCCUCCGAUGCAUCGGGAUAUACACUUUCGUCCGACACGUCAUUCACGUGAGUUUGCGCUCCAACAGU